GUAAACCGAACCCGGCAAAGAUUUUUAAAUUCUCGAAUGGUUAACCUUAAUCCGGCCCACUGCAUCCUAGCCUUACAGUAAAAUACCAAUAUAGGUUAACACAAGAUCAUCAUCGUCAUCAUCAUCUUUAGGGUUUCCGAUGGCUGGGAAGAUUAACGCAAGAGAAUUAUCAUCAUCAUCAUCACCGGAAGGGAUUCCGAUGGCCGGGAGGGUUAAAGAGUACUACAGGUAUCCGGCCUUGGAAGCUUCUCACAAAGGACUUGUCCGCCGUUAUUUUGCGGACGUGUUGUAUGAGAUUGUGGAUGAUCCUAAAACGGAUUCGAUCGUGUCAUGGAGCCAAGACGGUAAGAGUUUCAUCUUUUGGAAUCAGGACAAGUUCUGCAGUGAUAUUCUGCUACCCAAGUAUGGACUUACUACGUUUCCAACGUUCAUCGGCCGGCUUAGCGUCACCUAUCGUUUCCGUAAAGUUGAGGAGUCUGAGCACUGUGAAUACGCACACGACUACUUUGUGAGAGGCAAACCUGAGCUCACUGUGGAGAUUGAGAGGCAGUUCAAGGAAAGGUGUGCUCCGAUUAAGAACAUCAAACCACCAGAACCGGGCUCUAGGGAGAUAAGGGAGAGAAGGAUGGCUCUCAUACUGGCCCAGAAAGCUGCCAGGAAUCUCUCUAUCUUGUAAGGAAAUGUGAACCGACCACCACCACUCUUAUUAUGUCUAAUAAAAUACUCUGAUACUUUUUUUUUUUUUUUAAAUACUCUGAUACUUGCUUGCCUGCCUUGUGUCUUAAACACCUAUCUAUCCUUCUGUUUGACUAUAAUGUCUUUAUGGUUUGUCUACUGAA